GAGCAGGAAACAGGAGGCUCGAUAGAGCGAUCCCGGAGGCAGCUGUCCACCUCGGCCCCGUGCCCGACCAAGAACGACGCGGAGCCCAUGAAGGAGUCUGAAGUCCCUCCAGCGAGCCAAGAAGAGACGGCGCAGGAGAUUGCACAGUCAACAUCACAGGUCUCGCCUCGACAGUGUCAGGCCGACCCCCGCGCCUCGGCGCCCGAGUCCGCACCCCUAACCCGCAAUCCCUCGUCCGACUCUGCCAUCUCAGUGGGAUCCGGAUCGGUCACCCCCAGCCCAGAACCCAGCCUGCCAGCCUCCCUGCACACAUUACCUCUGGAGCCGCCCGUCACAAGAUCUACACUGAGCGAGCUCGACGUUUCCAAGAUCAUCCACAACCCCAAGCUCCGUCACGACAUCAACUUCGACCCAGAGCUUCACUUCCGCCCGAACCUCGACGGAGAAAAGGGCCGCAGGAAGCAGGACAAGGCGAACCAGUUUUGGAGGACGCUGAAGCAGGAGCUGUCAGAGUUCAUCAUGGACAGGCCCACGUUCAUCUACAAGCAUGGCGAUAGCGACGAGUGGACGCUGCCCAUUCUGCUCAAGGCCGUCAAGGACAUCAUCCAGACGCUGGUUCCCCAGCGCGACCGCCAGUUCCUGGACGAAGGCCUCAAUGUCGAGCUCCUCAUGCAGCAGUUCCACAAGGGGGUGGCCGACCUGGAGAAGCUGGCCCUGUGGCUCUCGCGGGUGCUGAAAUCGCACUGCGCGCCCAUGCGCGAUGAGUGGGUUGACACCAUGUACAACCAGUUGAGCAACGGGAACCGGAACAUGGACCUCGACGAGCUCGUCACCGGCAUGCGCAGCCUGCUGAGCGUCCUCGAGGCCAUGAAGCUGGACGUGGCCAACCACCAGAUCCGCUGCCUGCGACCCGUCCUGAUCGAGGAUACCACCCACUUUGAGCAGAAGUUCUUCAUCAAGAGGAUGGACUCGGGCAAGACGGACAUCACCAUGUCACGGCAGUGGUACAAGGAGGCGGAGCAGGCGUACACCGACAGCCGCCUUCACCCUUCGCAGUCCUUUGGCGACAUGGGCGUCUUCUUCGAGGCCCUGUCGAGGCUGCUGCUGCCCUCGGCCUGGGACGAACGGCUGCCCAACACGUUCCUCUUUGACGAGGAGCGGCUGAUGAAGCUGAGGGCCGACGUCCUCGACGCCAUCAACCUCGAGGUGUGCAUGCGCGUCUAUGAGGAUUUCGACAAGAUGAGCCGUCGCAGUAGUCCCGCGCCCCCCUCGUCAGACUGCGCCUCCCACGUCGAGGACAUUAUGGACAGGUUCGACUUCAACACGCCGCCGUCGGUCUCUCGGCCCUCGAGUGUCGUCCACAGCGCAGCAGGCUCUGCCUCGUCAUCCCCUCGUUCGUCAUUCGUCGUCCCCUCAUAUGUCGCGCCCAGGCAAGACUCCCAGACCAAGGCCCGUGAGCUCUUCCAGACCCUGGUCGCACUACUGCAGACCUCGCCGCCUGCCAGCCAACCCUCUGCUCGAUGGCAGAUGAUGGCUCCGUCCAUGGCGCUGCAGAUCUUCCGCUUUGUCAACCUGCCGUCCACCGCCCUUCCCGAGCUCGAGGCCAGACUGGCUGCCGCUCUUGGCGAUGUCGAUGCCUGCUACUACCGGGACGUUGAGGAGAGCUUCCUCACCCGCCUGAUGGCUGAUCUUGGCCACCGCGUCCGCGAGUUCAAGGGGCUCUCUGGAGUUGCCUUGUUCUCGGUGGCCACUGGUGUCCGUGUUCCCAGCCGUCGCCCUGCUACUGCGGAUCGCGAUACCGACGGCCUUUCGCGGGAGCCUUACGACGAGGCGAGCAUGGAUGACAUUGCGACCAGGCUGGCACACCUCGGCAUUCUGCACUGGCGAGUCUGGGCGCAGCUGGCAUACGCCGACGAU